CGUUUACUACUGGUGAUAUUAUAACACUUAGAAUAAUCCUCCAUAAUAAAAAUGGUGACGUUUUAACUGAAAGUGGUGAUUUUCUAAAAGUUUGGAUGUCUGAGAAAGGAAAAGGUGCAGGUUCAGCGGGGUAUGUAGUAGAUCAUGGUAAUGGUACGUAUAUUGGAGUGAUAAAAGCAUUAUGGAGAGGAUCUCCGCACAUCAAAAUUUCUAUGUCAUUUCAAAAAGAAUCUAUUGGACUAUUUGUAAACUACAUAUACAAGAAUGGAAUGUUGAGGACGUUAAGGGGCGUUUUUAAGAAUGCACGUGGAGAGACUGCUACAGGUAUCUGCGGUAUUCACACAAUGACAAAACACGGCAUAUGUGACUUUACAUCAAUGAAUUCUGGAAUGAGAUGGUUUUGUUCAUUACCAGAUAAACCUGGGUUUACUUGUUCUGACUGGUAUGCCCCAAUUGGAGAUAUUACUGUACCUACAUUUACAAAAUCACAGAAGCAGUUCCUGAGUUCUACCAGAUAUAAAAUCAUAAAGGAAUUUAAAGGAGUUGAUGUACUUGGUGAUACAACCAUAGGUCAUCCAGAGCACUCGUGUAGUCUAAUAAAUCCUUCAGUCACAUGGAACAUUUCGUCCCCAGUUGGAUAUUUUUAUAAUAAAACGUGGCAUAAUCUCUUAUGUCAAAAAAAAGUUGAACAAAGUUUAAACAGGUAUUUAGCCUGUCUACGAAACCGGGAGAUUUACAUGGUUGGAGAUUCUACAGUGCGAGAAUGGCUUUUAUCAAUUGCUGAUAUUUUAAAUCUUGAACUCUCAGUUAAACGGACAUCAGAUGCUCUUAAAGGUUAUCAUCAACCAAUUAAAGCGUUUAGUAAAAAUAAAAGAGACAACAUUACUGUUUCAUGGGCUGCGCAUGAGUUCCCAUUUUUCACCUAUUCACGGAAAGCGACAAUACAUCAUUUCAAACCUGCAAGCUAUCAUCUUAACGUAAUACGUUCUAAAAAUCCGAUCGUAGUGCUGCAUUUGUAUAUACAUAUAGGUUUUGUUCCAUUGUCAGUUUAUGAAGAACAUGUAAUGAACGCCAAAGACGCUAUAGUUAAAUUCUUGGAUCGUGUGCCUGGCGCAAAAAUAUUCAUUAAAGGUCCACAUUAUUUCGAACUAUACAAUGAAGGUGUUCCGUAUGAUUUUGUGAGAUAUUUGCAGGAUAAAAUGAUAUUCAAAAUUUUCGACAAUAUCAAACAUAAAGUUGUGUAUUUAAACGAAUGGGAUAUCACAGUUUCUUCAGAAAAUAAAGAUAUGCAUCCAUCUUACGAUUUAAGAAAACCAAUGAUACAUGAACUACUGUCAUAUAUUUGUUAAUAUUUUCAACUAACAGACUAUCCUCCUAUAUGUUAUUAUAUAACUUAUUAUAAUAAAUCAGUUUUAUUUUAUGUA